UGUUGUGUUUGUUUUGAUUUUUAUUUGUCGAUUGAGAUGAGAAGCCAAGUUUAUUUGUAUUGAUUUCUUAUUUUUAAGACAAAAUUUCAAUGACUACUAUAUAUAGCGUUUCUCUUAUUUUGCCAAUUGGUUUUUCGAAAGAAAAUUUUUUCUUAGUCUAUAUGUCAAAAAUAACAAUUGAAAAAAUUUCGCAGAAAUUUUAUUUACUGUUUUCAUCAGGAUUGAGCAUUACACGUUGCUUGAAAAAUUUUUUGAUGAGAUCUCUAAAUUAUAAACUUCAAGCUUCAAAAAGUUUUCUUCAAAUUGAUAUACGACCAUUUUCAUCAAAUAUACAGCCGUUUGAAAAACCGCAAAAAAUUUUGAAUUUUAUUUUUAUCCUUCAAUUUUUUCCACUAGUUUAUAUUCGCAAAAUUCCAUCGAUAUUGAUGAUAAUUUGAUUUUAUUCGUCAAACCACAUAAAAUUUCAUCGAUUCGAAAAUACAUAUAGAUCAUUUUAUAUCAAUCUACAUUUACUUGAUAAUAUGAAGGUAUAAAUUAAUUUUUCACUAAACCUGGGCGUUGUUCCGAAGAUAUCGAAAUGUUCACAAAUGUUGAUCUCACGAAAUUUUAUACCAAACUCGUGUUUGUAUUUUACAACUAACAAAGACUGUUGUCCGUUGUGUUUCAGUUUUAUCCGUUAAUUUUUUGAUUAUUUUUCUUCUUAGAAAACGUUCCUCGUAAUCCUAUACUUCGGGAUUUCAUCAUCUUACCCUCCACGAAGGAUAAGUGACGAAUAUCAUGAUAUAUAACAAAUUUCAAAUAUUAAUCAUUAUGUAUUCCAAAUUUUAUUAUGUAAAAUACUAAUGUCAGCUUAUGACCAUUCAGUGGCUACUAUCGCAUUAAAAAAAAAUAGUUUUAUGAAUAUUUUCAACUUUCGUCAUCUUAGCACCCUUUUCCCCAUAUAUCUGGUAUUCAAGGGUGAAAUUGGCGACUGAAUGAACACGAGCUCAAAAGCUCCUGACCUCAAGUCAGUGUUUUCUUAAUUUCUUUAAUAUCCUUCAUUUCAUGCUCUAAAUAAUUAUCAAUAAUUGUCAAUUGUGAUUUCAGAAAAGAUAGUACAAUAUGUUGUCCACAUCAUCCAGAAGCAUAUUUGAUGGAGGAUUAUAGAGCCGGAGACCUUAUUUGUCAAGAAUAUGGAUUAGUGGUUGGGGACAGAGUUAUAGAUGUGGGCUCGGAGUGGAGGACUUUUAGUGAUGAGAAGAGUAAAGGUGGUGAUCCCUCACGUGUUGGUGGGCGUGAGAAUACAUUACUCAGUGGUGGAGAUUUAUCAACAAUGGUCGGUCCUGGAGGACGAGGUGAUGCAGCAUUCGAUUCAUCUGGAAACUCCAAAUAUAAAAACCGUAGAGAUCUAAGAAGUUCCGACAAAGCUAUGGUUUCUGCAAUAAAGAAGAUUUCUGGAAUGGGUGAAAGGAUAAAUGUGCCAAGUUCGAUUACUGACCGAGCUAAUAAUUUAUUCAAACGAGUUAUAAAUAAUCUGAAAGGCAGAUCUCGUGAUGCUAUAACUGCAGCUUGUUUAUACAUAGCCUGCAGACAAGAACAUGUACCUCGUACUUUCAAAGAAAUUUGUGCAGUGAGUACAGUCAGCAAAAAAGAAAUUGGACGUGUUUUCAAACUGAUUCUUAAAGCUUUGGAAACUACAGUUGAUCUUGUAAAUACAGGUGACUUCAUGUCUCGGUUCUGCGCAAAUUUGGAACUUCCAAUUAAGGUACAAAAAGCUGCAAUAUGCAUAGCAAACAAAGUGAAGGAAUUCGACAUUGUUACUGGAAAGUCUCCCGUUUCCAUUGCAGCAGCCGCCAUAUUCAUGGCGUCUCAGGCAUCCGAAUGUAAGAAAAGUGCACUUGAAAUUGCAGAAAUUGCCGGUGCUGCAGAAUCUACGAUCAAAAAUACAUAUCGGCUAAUGUAUCCUCAAGCAUUCCGACUAUUCCCCGAAGAUUUCGAAUUUGAUACUCCCGUUUAUCGGUUGCCUACUAUGUAAUAUGUAAUAUAUUUGUUUUUAUGUUUAUAUUUAAGUUAAAUAUAUUCUUUUUAUUUAUUCAACCAUGUAUUUCUCUA